UUACCUUCAAUCCAACACAUGAAAACUACUAUAUAAGCAGAACCACUCGGGAUCCUGCAAAUGCAAGAACGCAAAUACCUAGUUAAGUGUGUGCAUUGGGAACAUGGCAAGGUACGAGAGACACGGAGGUCGCCAGACCAACGGUAGGACUGAACCGGGCCGUGAUGCAUUCACCUUUUUUGGUUACUCUGCAACUCAUAGCUCUGCCUCAACUGAGGUUGUCGAGUUUAAAGUUGCUUCUGAUCACCAUAACCCUACGAGGAACGAGUUGUACAAGGAUCAUAGAGUCGACUAUAAGCCCCGUCCUGUCCCUGCUCAGGAUCAUCGGUCGGAGAGAGGCUAUGAAUACUCACCCAAAGUUGGCAACCAUGGGGUCCAUGUCCAAACCAAGGGCUUGUCUCGUGACAACAUCUAUAGAGACUAUAGCCCUUCGAACUCACCCAAAGUUGGCAACCAUGGGGUCUAUGUUCAGACCAAAGGCUCGCCCCGCGACAGCUUGUAUAGAGACAAUAGCCCUUCGAACUCACCCAAAGUCGACAACUAUGUUGUACGUGGCCAGACCAAGGGCUCGCCCUGGGACAAUGUCUAUGAAGACAAUAGCCCUUCAAAUUCACCCAAAGUCAACAACCACGUGGCCCGUGUUCAAACCAAGGGUUUGGACAAUGUCUAUAGAGGCAAUAGGCCUUCGAAUUCACCCAAAGUUGGCAAUCAUGUGGUCCAUGGCCAGACCAAGGGCUCGCCCUGGGACAAUGUCUACAGAGACACUAGCCCUCCAUCAAGAGACAACUACCGCACCACUCAUCACUAUGGUAAGUACCCUAACAACUAUGUUAGCAGUGAUGAGGAGGAUGACGAUGAUGUUAUAUGCAAAGAUGGGGUUUGUUAUAAGAACCCAAGCGCAAAGCAGAAUCACAUCAAAGACAAAGAUUACCAGAAAGAAAAGAACAAAGGAAACGGCUACGAUCCUCCUUCUUACACUACAACGCAACCAAGAAAAGACGCAUACUAUGAAACAUCCAACGGCAACAACCCUCCGCAUAUCAGAACAAGAACCCACGAGCCGAGAUGGGGACCGGAGUUCCAAAUCGAAAACAACAGGAAUUCCCCGGUCUCCGUCAGGACACAUGAGCCCUACUUCAAUGCAUCCCCAAGGAAAAACAACGAGGGUCACCGCGAAAUCAUGGACAGGGGGUCGCCUCGGGGCGUUGAGCAUUACACUGGAAAAAUUGACUGCAAAGAGGCCGCCAAAAAAUACAAGGGUGUCCUUGUGUCGACAUGAAUGGAAGAAACGAAGAAACAUAACAUAAUGCAGGUCCUAUUGUCUACAGUAUGAUCAGUAUCAACUUAUUUCCUGUCUGCUUUUGUUUGAGUUGUUCUCUUAGGUGUGUGGUUCAGACAUGUUAGAAGCAUGUAGUUCUUAAAUAAUUAAGAGAUAUAUGCAAUAACUUAAUUACGCACUUAACUUGUUAAUGUUGAUAUUGGAAAUAAGAGCAAUGCACUUGGAUUUGCUUUA